AAAAACGAUUUUAUACUUGCACUUGUGUUCUAACUAAUGAAUAUCAAUUUUAUGGAAUGAAAAAAUUCUUUCGUCUGUACAAUAGCUUGUCAAAAAAUAGCUGUCACAAGUAAUAUUAGAAUCGAACAUCACUCAAUUCCUUAAGGAAAGGAUUUAUCGAAGAGAAAAAGGGUGAUUAUCAACUGACAUCAUUUGGAGAAAAAUGUCAAAGAUUGAAAAAGGCAACGCUCACAUACGGCAAGCUGAGAAAAGCUUAAAAACUUCUUUAUUGAAAUGGAAGCCUGAUUUCCAGUACGCUGCUGAUCAGUAUGCACAAGCAGCUACUUGUUUUCAAAUUGCCAAAUCAUUUCAACAAUGUAGAGAUUGCUUAAUGAAAGCUUCUUCUUGUUAUAAACAAAAUAAAUCAUGGUAUCAUGCGGCAAAGAGUAUAGAACAAACUUUACCAAUUUGCAAAGAAAUGGGCAAUCUUUCGGAUAUACCAAACCUUGCACACAGUUCUUGUUCUUUAUAUCAACAACAUGGUUCACCUGAAUCAGGUGCUUUAGUACUUGAUAAAGCAGGAAAAAUGAUAGAGUCAACACAACCAGAACAAGCUUUAGAAUUAUUUAAGCGUGCAGCAGAUAUUGUGAUGGGUGAAGAUAGUCCAAGACAAGCAGCGGAAUAUAUGAGCAAGGUAGCAAGACUCCUGGUGAAACUUCAAAUGUACGAUCAAGCUGCAGAUGCCAUUCGCAGAGAAAUAGGAAUGCAUCAACAAAUAGAUCAUAUACAAUCAGUGGGUCGUUUGGCAGUAGCCUUAGUAUUAGUUCAAUUAGCACGUGGUGAUCAAGUUGCUGCAGAAAAGGCAUUUAAAGAAUGGGGCAAUUAUUGCGAUGCACCUGAGGUUCAAACUUUGGAAAUGCUCUUACAAGCCUAUGAUAAUGAAGACGCAGAUGCAGCUAGAUCUGCUCUAAACAGUCCUUUUAUUAAACACAUGGAUGUCGAAUAUGCUAAACUUGCUAGAGGUUUGCCUCUACCGCAGCAAAUAUAUGCUAUACCACCUGUAGGUAUAAGGGCAAAUGCAGCAGAGUCAUAUGUUUCACCUAAUGCUAACAAAUUAAUUGGACAAGCUACAGUUGAAGCCGAAGUCAAUUCUAAAGAUGAUGGCGCUGCUGCUGGUGCUGCAGUUACUGUUGCUGCCGCCGCUAUAUCUAACGAUACAAUGGAACAAAUACCAGAUAAAGUAGAAGAUGAAAAAUCUAAUGUAACUUCGCAAAAUUUGGAAACAAAUGAAGAUGCGGAUGAAUAUGAAGGUGGAUUGUGUUGAUUGCCUUCUUUAUAAAAUACUAAAAUCUUAUUUAAGAUUCUCCAUACACAUAGAACCUAAUUUCAACUAUAAUUUCGUACAUUAUUCCAUUUAAAUAAUAUAUAAUGUUAAAGAUGAAUCGAAUAUAUGCAAGACGACGCUUGUAAUAUAAGAGUACAAUUCUUAAAUGCAUUGAAAAUUAAGAUAUACUCUGCAGGCCAUGUAGAAGAUGGAACAGCAGUAUAAAUAUUUAUCAUAUACAUAUAUAUAUGUGUGCGUAUGUGUGUAUGUGCGUGUGCAUGUUAUUUCUGCAGAAAGAUUUAAACAGAAGUAAUACGAAUUUAUGUUAAUACAUGAGAUAUAUAUAUAUAUCCUACAUACAACACACAUGCUUUAAGCAAAAACAAAUAUAUUAUUAGGUCUACCGGAAAGUUUUGUCCGAUUUUUGCUCCUCAAGUUUCAAUCGAUAUAAACAUGUUUAUUUGAGUCAUAUAUGACUAUUUUUCGUUAUCAUUGCAUUUAUACACAUGUACUCUCCUAAGUAAACUGAAAAAAAAACCUUCUCAUGUCAUUGGGCAGUGAGAGGCGAUCGUUAAAACAUGACGACGAAAAAGUUCAUUUACGCCACUGUACUUUGUACGAGCUCCAGCAAGGAAGAAAUGCUACAGAAGCGCGACGAAAUUUAAUAUAAAUUUUUGGUUUAUAUGCAGUUUCAGAUAGAACGUGCAAAAAUUGAUUUAAAAAAUUCGAAGCAGGUGAUUUUGACCUUAAUGAUAAGCCACGUUCAGGACGGCUGUCAUUGAUCGAUGACGACAUUAUCAAGGCUAUGAUAGAGCAAAAUCCAUUUUUGACAACGUCAGAUAUUGCAGAGAAGCUAAGUUCAACUCAACAAACCAUUUCCGACCAUAUUCGGAAGCUAGGAUUGGUCUAUAAAUAUUGCAAAUGGGUGCCUCACUAGUUAAGUGAAAAAAAUUUGAAUGACCGAGUUGUCAUAUGCACAUCUCUGCUUGCUCGGUACAAAAACGAAUCUUUCUUUGACCGGAUGAUAACUGCUGAUGAAAAAUGGAUUACAUACGACAACAUCGUGAG